GAGUCAGAGGUCUAAUCUGUAGGCACAUUUGAGUUUUGACUUUUGACACGGUUCACACACUUACUCAAUUUAGUGCUUCGUUAUGCUCAAUUUUGUAACUUUGACUUUACAAUUCUUCUGACGCAACAAUAUGAUAUAAUAUUAAAUUAUUUAUCACAAAUUUCUCGAAUAAAACCUACCUGAAUUUGGCCUGGAUCGUCUCAUUUUAUGACUUAACUUCUCUUCUUGGAUGACAACAAAGAUGGAAGCUAAAUCUGCCAAAGCAAGCCAUGACCCUAAAAUUUGUUGGGUAACUCCAGAAGAUGUUCUCGAAUCUUUAAAUUAUAUUCGCCAAUUUGGGGAGGAUGACAAACCAGUUCAAUUUAGUGAGUGCUUCCAAGUUUGGGGUAGAGGGAGACCAAGACCAAGUGUGGAUAAUAUCAUUUUACCCAAUGGAACAUCACUGCAGUGUGAUUUCCCCCAAGAAAAAUCAACCAAAGGCAGAGGUCGUGGAAGAUUACUACUACUUGAAAACAUCUCAGAACAAUAUCAAGAUCCUUGUCCCUCAGCUAUGUUCGAUUCAAAUGAUUGUAGCUGUGUUGAUAAAAAAAUGAAGAAGUUUGGGAAAGGCAUAGGGAAAUCAAAUUUGGCUUAUACAAAAAUUACACUUAAAGAUCUUGAAGAUAAAUAUAACAGAGCAAAAUUGUUGGGUAGCAAGAAGCCUAUAUUUGACAUUGACAAUGAUUUCCCUCCCUUGCAAUAAACAUACAUGUGUGACCAGUGAUAUUAAUUACUCCUUAAUACAAACUUGCAUGCAA